AUGCCGGUGCCGUGGCGUUACUUCUUUGAUGGACGCCCACUAGUCGUCGUGAUGCUUUUUUUUGUACACUCCUACGUCCUAUAUUGCUGCACCAUGCAAGGGUAUUCACAGUUGAGUGGUUCCUCAAGCGACGAAAACAUCGUUCAUCCACUGUCUUCGGAUGGUAACACUGUGACAAUCAGCCCGACUUACACGUUGCGAAUGCAUUUUCUCCCACAGCAUCAGGUUGCUAAGGGUGCUGAGAAGAAUAAUCAGAUAGAACUAUCAGUCGCUCCAACGGAUGCGUUAAUCAUAAACUUCCCUGAGGGAACAGAAGGGAGUGAAACGGAAGUGAUGGAACAGCUCAUUGGAACGGGGCGGUGGCAGUGGGUAGUGCCAAUGCGUCCUUUCGACGGUUACGACUCGACCCGCUCAUAUCGUUUGAAAGCCCGUCGGUUCCCGGUUGCAGCGGGGGAUGACAGUAACGAACUUACGCCUCCCACCAUAGUUCACGUGCCGAACAUUUCGUCGAUUAUUGAGGCCGGCAUGCGUGUGUCCAAUCGUAGCCAAAGUGGUCUCCAUAGGAGUCGUGGUGGUGUCGUUUGCUUCGUAGUGGGCGCUGAUCCGUCGGUUGUGCGCGUUCCAGAAGGAAAGAAACUCCUGGAACAGCUAUUUUCUGAAGUUGGGAGAUCAACUAUUUCUACUGCUACAUUAGGUUUAAGGCAGCUUCACAACGCUAAUUGGGCGCUUUUCAUUUCGCCAUGCCGCACUAACAAACUAUUUGCAUGGAAGGAGCGGCUGCCCUCCAGUUCAGUGAGUUCGGGCAGUUUGUGGUGGUUAUGCGCGGCGGCAGAUGUGCUACUUGAAAUCAAUACUGCGGCCGAAUGGGUAACUGCCCACUUCGAUUAG